CCGGCGCCGGGAGAGCACCUCGGAAACGGGCCUCGGGGCCGCCGCGAGAGCCGGCAGCCGAAGCGGGGCGGCGCAGGUACCCGCGGCCCCCCGCGAGGUCGCCCCGCCGCCCUGGCAACCUCCAACUCCCGCUGCUCCUGCCCGGGCCCGCGCCUCCCUUCCAGAACCCGCAGAGUCGCCGAAGAAGUGUCCGCAGUGCAUUGGUUAGUUUGGACCCUAGAUCAUCACAAACAAGUCUCACCUCCCACCACCUGCGUGCACUGCGUGAUCAAGGACCCAUCAAGGGUAGAGCUAAACCUUCGAGCGCCAGGUACUUUCUAUCCAGAUUGCAACUCGGGAACUUCAACAAGGAAUGGCUGUGUUCCUUCCAGACCAUUCCUCUGCACUGGCUCUUUGGAAGACUCCAGCAGGAACAGUUUCUGCCCUCCAGGGCUUUACAGUUCUCUGGCAUAUGGUACCUAUUUGGGCAUUAGUUUCCUUAUGCCACAGCCACACAGCAAUAAAAGCUGUGGUUACCGAGAUGGAAGUGUACAGGGUGCACCAAGACCUCAGGAAAAGGAGCAAUCCAGUUCACAUGGCAACUGGUGUGUCCACAGGAGCUUCAUAGAGAAGUGACGAGUGAGCUGUCUUGAAAGCUAAGUGUCCCUUUGCCCACAGAAGAGGAAACAGGGGAGCUAAGAAAAACAUUCUGGGCCUGGGAUAUAGCUCAGUGGCACAGCGCCUGCCUCGCUUGUGCAAGGUCCUGAGUUCAAUUCCCAGUACCAAAAAAGCAAAGACAUUCCAGGCCGAAGGAAAAACAAACGAAAACUCAAUACAGAAGUCUGUUUUGUGCUUGCUUCAGCAGCACAUGUACAAGAGUCUGUGUUAGUGAUUUUCAAAGAUUUGUUUUCUUUUUUCUAUGCCAUUAAUACAAGGGGAAACAUAGACAUAUUUAAAUAGUCUAUGUUUUAGUGAUUUUUUAAAAUGUAAGUUUCAAUCUCAUGAUAUGAGAUAAAAUACAAACUGGAUGAUAUGCUUAAGUGAGUGCACAUUGUUUACAGAGCUGCAAUACUACAAAUGUGCGAAUACUGAAACUUUUUUUACUUUAAAAUAAGAGGGCCCCUGGGCUACACCUAUGUUUCAGUGCCCACAGCAGCCAGAAUACCUCACUCUGUUAGGCGAGAUGGCAAACCAAAGUACAGAGAAAUAGUACCUUGAGCGCUGUGAUCACCUCCGAAGACGUAAUUCCUUUCCUCCAGUAGCACAAUCUGAUCUUCCCCCUCAGUCAGGGCUCUUUCCUGAUUUGUUUUGGGCAAUGGGCUGUGAUAGAGGGGCCCUCGGCCAGAUUCAGGCAAAGCCUUUAAGAGACUGACCAAUCCCUUCUGCUGUCAGAAACCAGUGUUCACUUCAGAAAUCCUGCUACAAGGAGGCCUCCAUGCCAUGAGGAAGCCCAGGACAGCCCCGUGGGGAGAAGAGCCAUGUGGGAGCACGUGGAGGCACAGCUCCUGAGUAAAAGCCUCUCGGCCCUCCCAGCACAGCUCAGCCACCAGCUGGACGUAGCCAGAGAGCGACCCCAGCUAGCAGUGCAGAAAGCAGCUCACCUGAGCUCUGCCCAAGUUUCCAAGCCUCAGAAUCAUGAGAAAUAAUAAAUCAGUGUUUUAGGCCACUACAUUUUGAUUUAUUGUGCAGCAUACAUAACUGAACGGAUCACUUAGUAUGCACCAGAUACCGCGCCAAG